AUGGCCGUGCGGCGCGCGGUCGAUCCGCAGCGCAUGCUGCUGCUGCUGCUGCUGGCCGCCGCGGCGGGGGCCGUCGCUGCCCUGCCCGACGCCGCCACCUGGUCGGUGCGCCCCGUCGCCCAGCAGCAACCCGACGCCUCGAGCGCUCCGCCUCCGCAGCCUCUGAUCAACCUGCCCACCACCUCCACAGAUGGGCCGGCGGAGACGACGAGCGCCGUGUCCCUUCAGGACGCCAACCCCACGCCGGCCGAGGAGCAGCACGACGUCAAGCGCUAUGCCGUCUCGACGGUGGAGUUCGAGCGAGUGCAGACUCCGUUCAUCAUUGGCCUGUGGAUAUUCAGCGCCAGUGUCGCUAAAAUAGCCUUCCACAUGGCGCCGAAGGUGAGCAAGAUGUUCCCGGAGUCUUGCCUGCUGAUCGUGGUGGGGCUGCUGAUCGGAGCUAUUCUCUUCUACGCGGGCAAGGUGCACGUCAGCACCCUUACGCCCGACAUCUUCUUCCUGUACAUGCUGCCGCCCAUCAUCCUGGACGCCGGCUACUUCAUGCCCAACCGGCUGUUCUUCGACCACCUGGGCACGAUCCUGCUCUUCGCCGUGGUGGGCACCAUCUUCAACACGCUGACUAUCGGCUUGUCGCUCUGGGCAGCGGGACAGACCGACCUCUUCGGCUGCGAGACGCCUCUCUUGGACAUGUUCCUGUUCUCUGCACUCAUCUCGGCAGUCGACCCCGUUGCGGUGCUGGCCGUGUUCGAGGAGAUCCACGUCAACGAGAUCCUCUACAUCGUCGUUUUUGGAGAAUCGCUGCUCAACGACGCCGUGACAGUGGUAUUGUACCAUAUGUUCGAAUCUUACACUGAGAUGGGGCCUGAAAACAUUAUUUAUACUGAUGUCUUAGCAGGCCUGGCUUCAUUUUUUGUUGUUGCCUUAGGAGGCACAAUCAUUGGAAUUAUCUGGGGCUUCCUUACUGGCCUCGUUACACGAUAUACGCAUCAAGUUCGUGUAAUUGAGCCAAUAUUCAUCUUCGUUAUGGCCUAUUUAGCCUAUCUUAAUGCAGAAAUCUUCCAUAUGUCUGGCAUACUGGCAAUAACUUUCUGUGGCAUAACAAUGAAGAAUUAUGUGGAAGCAAAUAUAUCACACAAAUCUCAUACCACAGUGAAAUAUGCCAUGAAAAUGCUAAGUUCCUCAUCAGAAACCAUAAUAUUUAUGUUCCUUGGAGUUGCAACAGUGAAUGAUAAUCACAAUUGGAACACAUGGUUUGUGGUUUUAACAGUUGCUUUUUGCUCUGUCUACCGCACUAUUGGUGUUAUACUGUUGACGGCUAUUGCAAACCAUUUCCGGCUCCACCAACUUACACGUGUUGACAAAUUUGUAAUGUCAUAUGGUGGACUGCGAGGGGCUGUAGCAUUUGCCCUGGUCUUACUCAUUGAUCGCAAGCAUGUUCCACUGCAACCUAUGUUUGUUACAACAACUAUUGCUGUCAUAUACUUCACUGUAUUCAUUCAGGGUAUAACAAUCAAACCUCUAGUUAGGAUAUUAAAUGUGAAACGAGCAGAAAAGAGGAAACCCACAAUGAAUGAAAGGAUACAUGAAAGAUUAAUGGAUCAUGUGAUGGCUGGAAUUGAAGAUAUCCUUGGACAACAUGGAAAUUACCAUCUCAGAGACAAAUUUAAACGUUUUGAUAACAAAUUCAUCCGUCCAUACCUGUUGCGAGAUCAUCAAGGAGCAGAACCAAAAAUACUCGAAACUUAUUCAAAAUUGGCAAUGAAAGAUGCCAUGGAGUAUAUGCGUCGAAAUGCAUCAACUGUUGGAAAUAUUUCUGGAACAGAAUCUAUGUCAGCAAUAUUUAGAAAUUACACUAGUGGGAAUAUAAAUGGAAAUAUGAGUACUAACUUUAAUGGAAGUUUCAAUCAUCUUGACUCAAGUACAUGGAACAUAGAUAUGCAGGAACUGGAAUAUAACCCCUCCAAAAAAGAUCUUACUGAUGCUAAAAUACACCAUUUGCUGGCAGAAGAAUUAUGCAAACCUUACAGAAGGCAUCGCCGACUUAGCUAUAGCAGGCAUGCAGUUAAUGACCGUGAUCUAUCUACUCAAGUCAAUUAUCGUAUGCAUAUGAACAUACGUCGCAUGGUUGGUGAGAGAAAGCAUCACCAUAAGAGGAGCAAACGACUGGGAAAGGAUGGAAAACAGAACCAUGUCAGUUUUCCUGGAAUUACUCAGAAUGGCUCAGCAAAACAGUUCACUCAUGAUUACAUUACUGAGGUUCUUCAGGAGACUGAAAAUGACACUGAAAUACCAAAAUCUGCAAGUAAGGAGGACUGGGACAGUGCUAUCACAUUCACAGCCAAAAGUUCCUAUGAUCCAGUAUCAGGUGGAGACGGGCUUCAGAAAAAGAUGUCACGUGAUUCUGAUGGUGAAUGUGCACGUGUGACGACUCCUACUGCUACUGAGACCAUGUUGCCUUGGAAGCGUGACGACGAAGGCGAAUUAAGCACUGGUCCUGUCAAGCAGAGCGAGUUCCCUGCCUGGUGUUCCAAUAAGGAAUACCUUGCAUACAAUUCACCUUCUGCUACAUUCCUAGGGGGCAUAGAGCAACCAAAAGUGACUUCCGUAAUUGGACUGUUUCGACGAGAAAGUGCUGGUUCAGUUCACCAGGAAUCAAGGGCAAGUUCAGAAUCUUCACUUCGAGAAUCCCCACCACCAACUUCCAACACUGUGCUCCUUAUAGAGGAGCCAGUAUCUCUCCCAGGACCAGGAAGACGUCCACCCACUGCAAGAAGAGGCUCAAUGCUGGAAUUAGGAUCAUCUGUAAAUCCGAUUCCAGAAGAAGAUAAUAUCAGUUCUCCUCUGGACAUUGCAGGUGGCAAUGGAAGAUGGCCAACUGUGCGUCCUCCUCCACCACGGCUUGCUGUUCUUGCCACAUCUUCUUCCUCUUCUUCUUCCUCCUCUUCACUUGAGUCUAGUGCUGAUGAAGAGGAAAAGGCAGUUGUUGCGCGGACGCACAAAUAGUUAAGGCUUCCCCGCUCACAUGAAGGAGCAAACCUGACGAAUAUUCGCUACAGGUAUCUACGUAAAUUUGAAAGGUUGUAGACCACAGUAUUUUUUCUGAACUGUCUAUUAGACAGUCAGUCUGACAUUAAGGUGAAAUUUUUGGGACACUGUAUAAUACAGUGUUAUUUAAGAUGAAAUGCAUGUUGAUCAAAGAGUGAGUUUCAUUAAGUUAUGGUGCCUUUUAUUUUUCUCCCAAAGUGUAUUUUUUGCCUGCAGAAUUUUCUUUUCUUCUUCAGACAUUAAUGCGUGAUAUUUAAUGCAUCUUGCAGUGACAUUAAAAAGGAGUGUGUUAAAAAAACUGGUAGCUGGAAAAGAAAUGGUAAUACACACUUCUAUAAGUUAUUUCUUGCCUUAAUGAACAGCACAAAAUGUAAACAAGAAUAAUUGUUGCUGUCUUGAAUUGCAACAGAAGUGGUUACUGAGGAGUGCAGAAGUACUUAUUGUAAAAUAUUAAUCGCACAUUCUAAUUACAUGUACUACUUAAGAGUGAUUCUCAAUCCAUAUUAUUGUUGAUUACACCUCAUUACUAUAUUUUUGCUCAUUUUAUGGUGAAAAUCAAGACAUUUUGAGAAAUGAAUAUGUAUUUUCUAAGAUGAAAUGCAGUCAGCUGAUUAGUUUUAUUGGCUGGUUAAAAGCAACACUACAAUUAAUAAACUUAUGUGCCUAUCUAGUGCUAACCAUGUUGGUUGUUGUGUCAACGAAUCUAUUUUAGGAUGAGGACAAUACAAAAUGAUGGUUACCUUGUAAAACAAAACAAAACAAAAAAAAAACUUUCUCUGUGAUGAAGAAAGGCUGGUUUGUACAGAAAAAGAUUAGUAUUGUAACUUUGCUAAGAG